UGAUGAUUGUAUUUGUGUAUUCGUGAGAUCGUCUUCCGAUAAUCACCCUCGGUCUCGCGCGGUCAGGAUGUCGUUGGAUCAGGUUAAGUGCAAUCCGAACGCCGAACCGAAAUAGUCGGUAGAUGUGUCUGAAGAAUUGAUGUGGAUAGAGACCUGAGACGAAAGGCGACAGCGUCCCCCAUCAGUUUACGCUAUUGCUAUACUUCUUCGGCCUUACAAGGCAGGUCGCUGGCAUCAGCUGCCAUUUCUAGAAGCGGGGUCAACGGUAGGAGCUUGCGUCUACCGCUUCAGGACGAAAUUUGGAGUACACGCCUUACAGUCGAGCUAUCUUGCUGCAUAAGAGAUAGGAAAUCUGGGACCGCGGAGUUUAGGUAAUCGCCUCUGGAGCAUAAGUUGACGGGGCUAUAAAGACAGCAGAAACGUGAGCGCGGUCAGCACGAUAACCUCAAACAAUCUUAAGGCAACCAACACGUCAGACUCGUCUGCUAUGAACAUCCUACUCAAGAAUGACGUAGUUCUUAUCCAUGACACCGAGAGCCACGUGGUUCCUACUCACAUGAGCAUCUUGAUCGAAAAUGGGAAGAUUGCAAAGAUCGGAUCGGAUAUCGAAACAAGCGAUGGAGUGGAACAGACACAGCUCAAGGGGCGCCAUGCGAAUGAGCAAGUGCUAGAAUACAUGGUGACUGGCAACUUGCAGUCAUGCCAAUUCUCUCUAGAGGACGUCUUCUACGGCCAGCUUGCAGCUAUGCUGGAAGGUAUCGCAGCAGGUACGACCACCGUGGUCAAGCAUGUGCAUGUCACUUGCUCGCCCGACCAUGCCAAGCUUGGAGUCGUUGCUACUGCGUCGUCCGGAAUACGGUCUGUCUUCUGUUACACACCCAUCAUGGGUGUAAAGAAGUUCAAUCCGCUGAGAAUCCAACCGAAUCCCUUCAAAGACUGGGUUAUGCAAACGUUCCAUCAGCUCGCGGACAAGGGACCAUUCGGUGAAGGGCGCGUCACGUUGGGCUUCGCAUUCGACCUCCUCCUUCUGCCACCCGAGAUGAUCAGGGGGCUCUUCACUCAAGUCAAAGAGAAGGGCGUCAAGACUAUAACCACCCACGGUUCCGUGAGCUUAGGCAAGGUCGUUCAGAGCUUGAAGAGCCUAGACCUUCCUGAUGAGUCCACCGUCAUCUCCCAUGGAGGCGAGAUCAGCAUUGGCCUGCAAAAUGCAAGGAAUACUUUCGGGGAGUACCACAUGAAGCAAGGCAAGUUGCCACGCACGAUUCCGGAGAAUCUGAGCGUUGAGGCAGCGUUCAACCUGGCCAUUAUUAAGGGUGUUGAAGCUGUAAACACGAGUCGCAAUAUCGGUCGUCUUGCCGAGGGCUUCGAAGCGAAUAUUGUCGUUUUUGACGCACUAAGUCCAAGCAUGGUGGCUGCAGCUCAGCACGACCCGGUCGCUGCCAUUAAUUUGCACUCAACUUCAGCCGACAUCGAUACAGUUAUUGUUGAUGGGAUCAUCAGGAAGGAAGGUGGUAAAGUGCUUCCUGUUGCAGUUGAUGAUGCAGCACAAGAAGCUACGGACGAGGCGAUCAUUGACUGA